AUGGGGCCAGUGUACCGCGUCGGCGACAAGAUUUCUCCCGAACACAUCGACUUGAUCAAGGAGAGAAAAUACCGAGUGAAAAGCAUUGCAGCUCUUUCCUACACCAUCAAUGACGAGUCCGAUUUUGCCUUCAAGUGGAACUUCGAAACAGGCUUCGUCCUGGCCAGGUACGCUGGCUUUGGCAGGCUCGCCAUCCUCGACGAAUGCCUCGUGGUUGAAUACCCAAACACCAACGAGCUCUAUCUUGAGCUACACGUCGAAGUGAACGGAGGAGGCAAAAAGAAGACUGUUGAAACACCAUCCACCCUCUUCAAAAAGUGGUUCCUAGACGACUCGUGCACCAAAAUGGUGGGAGACGGAGAAAUUGACCAUGACGACCUGGUGCCCGACUUGUGGGAGCAACCCCGCCUCGGGAAGGAGAGUGUGAAGGGAGCGUGGAGGUUCUCCAUCAACCCUGGCGAGGUCGCUAAGCGGCGCGUCUACUUCGGCAAGAACUUCCAGACGCCCCCCGGCGUGAAGCUGGCGCUCCUCUCACGAAACAUCCCAGAAGACCAUAACCUUGGAAUCACCAUUGGCGCCUCCCAAAUUGACCGGCAGUGCUUCACCAUCUCGGUGACUACCCAGCCACCCGCGAUUUAUGUCCGGUGCGUCGUCGGCUGGGAGGCCAUGGAGGUUGAACCGGCCAGCGGCUAG